CCAGGCUCGGCGAUUACACAAAAACGCGUCCGCUGCACUCAGUAUAAAUCGCAGUCAGUCCACUCGAUCACACGAACACAACACAACACACAGAUCACCCCCUACGAACAUACAACGCCUCAGUGGGAUCUUGCCCCCCGCCGCUAUGCAAGUGCGCUACACAGAACUGCCGCGUCAGCCAUCCAUCCAUCCAUCCAUCCACACAGACACGCAUAGGAAUUGACCUAGGCACUUCACCCGACAGCCAUCUGCACAACCAAUUGAUUAAUUAACACGCAGACAGACACCCCAUGGAAACGUGCAAAGAUGAACAUGGUGCCAUGCAAAGGACGGAGCUACCGGCUCACAGACAGGUGUGGAAUGUCUGUCUGUCUGUCUGUCUCUCUGUGCUCUCAAGGGGACAGAGAGAAGAGAAGAGCAUUAAUAGGUGUGUGGAUGAGUGUGGACUGACGAUGGGGUGUGAAAACCGGCCAUGGACACCUAAAAUGUGGGGAAGAGAGAUACAGAGGGCAGCCAGAGGGACGACGGCCACACACACACACACACACACUCAUGGAUGUUAUGUACAGGUGAGCACGUGUGUGUGUAUAUGGGUCUGUGGCUGGGGAGAUGGCUGUCGGCAAAAUCGCCGCUACGCCCCACCUGUGUAUAUCUGUGUGGGCGGCACAUAAGAGAGGGACAGAAAAGAGACGAGAGCGAGAGUAAGUCAGCCGGCCAGGAGACACAGAUCACCGAGUUCCCUCCCUCUUUUCCUCCCUCUAUGAACACACACAGUCGAGCCGCCGUUUCAGCCGACUGACUCUCACAUGCCAUCCAUGCCCCCCACGCAAUUGUCGUGCGAUUCUCUCUGUACACCACACGCCGCGUGGCUUGUGUGUGCUGUGUGCAGACGAUGGGAGCCGUAGAGAUAGAGAGACGUAGAGACCGGUGAGUCUCUAUCUCUAUCUCUAUCUCUGCGGCUCCCAUCCUCUGCACACAAAGAACACACAGAAAGGCCUUCUCGGGCGCCAGGAACUGUUUCUCUCACUCAAUGCUGUCUGUCUGUGUUUGCGCUCUGAGUCUGUCUGUCUGUCUGUCUGUUUGGGCGCCGAGGGCAUCGGCACCUACUGCCCUCUCACUUCAAUGAACUUGAACCUAACGACACACAACCAGAGCCCUCGGACUGCACCACCCCCAUCCCAUCAAUCCACCACGGUGGCUCGCUGCACCUACCCGUUGCGCAGGUGUUGCUUCAGCACUCUCUUGCACGCAUCAGCAUGAAGCAGCUUCCAGUCGUUGGUAUCCAUCGGGAAUGUGUUGCCGCUCUUGGGGGCGAUGAGUGUGUCGUCGAGGUCGAGCCCAAACACCUUGUCCGAUCCCGUCGAGCCAUAGUCCCUCCAGUAGACGCUAUCAUCUCGCUGCUCAACCAAGCGGCACACACACAGACAGACACACACCAAGAACCGCGGGAUAGAUGGUCCAUGUUGUUUGGCGCGUGUCUGCGCGUCCGUCCUACCGAGCGCCAUUCUGUGCUGGGCUUGCUCUUCUUGGCAGCAGGGCGGCCGUCAGGACCCUGAUCUAGACAACGCCUGCUCAUGCUCGGCAAACAACGGUCUGCCGCUCGGAGAAAGAACAGACAGAUUGCCUCCGUGCGUGGCAGAAGUCAUCGCUCGCUCACCUUCUGGCCGUGCCGAUGGAUCUGAUGCGCUUGAGGGAACACGGCUGUGCUGCAAACCAACGAGAUCUCGUCCAGAAGGUAGUUAGAG